GUAUCUGUAUCCCAGUCACUGAAAGCAUCUUAACUCCUCACAUCCCUGCAUUGGAUGGCAUGCGCCACAGAGAUCGCAAUCACGGUCACUACUCACAUCAUGACUUGGGCUGGCAGAAUCUAGGAAGACCACAUUCUAAAAUGUCACAUAUAAAAGGACAUGAAGGAGAUCCCUGUUUACGGUCAUCAGACUGCAUGGAAGGGUUUUGCUGUGCUCGCCACUUCUGGACCAAGAUUUGCAAACCAGUGCUACAUCAGGGGGAGGUGUGCACCAAGCAGCGCAAGAAGGGCUCUCAUGGCUUGGAGAUCUUCCAGAGAUGUGACUGUGCCAAAGGCUUGUCUUGCAAAGUAUGGAAAGAUGCCACCUACUCCUCCAAAGCCAGACUCCAUGUGUGUCAGAAAAUAUGACCCAAAAUGAGGAAAACAUCCCUAGUAGACUGUGAAUUUGUGUAUUUAAUGCAUUAUGGCAUGGUGGAAAAGAAGGGUGGUAAUGAAGUAGGAGGGCUCAAAUGAGGACUGUGAUAAGGGUACAGAUCACUAAAGAAGGAAAAGAAAUCAACCAACCACAAAAGUCCCCAAAAUGGUUUGGAAUGGUUGGCCAAUGCCCAAUGCUGGAGUGUUUCCAUUAUGCAAACCUGUUAAUGUAAAUAAUGU